GGCGCCACCCAGCAUCGAGGCAAGCAAGAGCUAUGAGCAGAAAGCGCCCGACUGUGUAUUAUAAACGAUUAAAUCCCUGGUACGGAUUUAAUGGUAGCCUUGUGUGGUAUCACUUCAACACAGAUAUUGAACGGAUGAUCCGCAAUAAAAACAAGAUGGCAGCAUGUGGCGGCAGUUACUACAGGUGGUAUUUACACUACAGAAGUCAAGGGAGGCCACUCCAAUUCAUCGAUUUUUACAAGUACACUCAAACUGGCUUGUCUCAAAGGUCUACCACAGCAGGAGGCCUACCCCCCUGAUGUGCUGACCGCACGUGGAGAGGUCGUGUUAGCUUCACCAAGUGCCGACGAAGCCUUGCACUAUAUAUAUAUAUUUCGGUAUAUAUAUAUAAAUGUCAAGGUCUCUUCAUGUUUACCGAGAAACAUAUGAAGUCCGCUCAACCAAAUACGGUUCGACAGCUUUCUAUCACAAUUAUGGACCGCCCCUUUCCAGGUUUGGGUUGUAGGUGUACCGGCGGUAGCUUGCAACUCAACGAGUGGGGGAACCCCCGAGGCACUAAAAACACAUGUGAUUAAUGGAUCCAAAAUGAAAAUGCAGUCUGAAAAUGUUAUGUUGAACACACGUGCAUUGUGUAGCUCCGAGUCAAAGGACACCGGUGGACACGAACAAGAGGAAAUUAACGUGCAAUCUGCAGACAAUUGUAGCUGUUGUGCAAAAUGUCGGCGCAGGAUCCAAAUUAUUACCUUUUGUAGUUUGUGUGUUGUCAUCAUUUCAAUGUGUUGCGUCACAAUUGGGUACACUAAUCACGCAUGCGCACUGACAAAGGAAACGUUUAAUUCGAGAUUUCUUAACCUUGAACAGAAACUCAACAGACUUCAGAAAAAGUAUUUAAUCACAAAAGUUUCAAAUUUAAUGACACAGCGUGACUCCAUCAUUCAACGACAAAACUUGGGAGACAACCAAAGUGAUGGAAGCUCUAUGGAUACAAAUAUCCCAGAAGAAAUCAACACCGUCAAGAGGUCCGUGAACAAAUGCGACAGAGCAAGAAAUGAGAAAAAGAGAUUGAAGUGUCUGAAAAGACAGAAAAGAAAGAAAAAACAAAUGCCGACCGGAAGCUCUUUGGUAAGGCUUGUGAAUAACACUAUACACAAGACCUUAAUGGAAACGGUGAAACAGGUCGUAGCGAAAGCUAUGGAAAAGCGGGCUCUACUGUCAGUGCAUUUUGAGGGUGACGGUAAUGAACACCGACCUCGGGGUAAUGAGGCUUUUGCAGGAAGAUUCCACAAAUGGCAGUACUCUGAUUGGGCAUAUCAAAGAGAAGACCUGAAGAAAAAGUUUAAACUUUACCACGAAAGUGGAACCGUUGUGAUUUCUGAGGAAGGGAUAUACUUGUUGUAUGCUCAGGUAACAUUGAUGGGGAAACCAGACCAGGGCUUCAAGGUAGUUGUUCAGCAUGACAAUAAGCAGCAGAAAAUUUUAACGAAAUGUAUGAUGGACUUUCAAUCUGAGCAAGAUGGCGGACAAGAUCUGAACGAAUGGCAAGAGGAUGGGAAUAUUACCUGCUCUUCUGUUGGGGUAUUUAGACUUGAAAAGGGUGAUAGCGUAUUUCUAAAGCAUUCUAAAGACACAAAUGUGAAAGCUGACUUUCGGGGAAAUGCUUCUUUCUUUGGCUUCGUAAAGUUAGGAUGAUCAUCUUGUUCUGUGGUGUGUGGAAGUAUAAAGACAAUGCUACAAAUACGAAAGUCGUAGUCAUGGGAUAUAGUGUAUUGUGUGAAAGCAUCAUUUGGUGUCAUCGAUUAAGAAGAUCCUUCUGAAACACCUGGACAUAUCUUUUUACUUUUUCAAGGCCAUUAUGCAAAUAUUUUUUGCAUUGGCCUCGUUUUAACAAUUCAAAACAUUUGGUUUCGUUAUAUUUUCGACAUUUUGAUACCAUAAAACUUGAUCAAAAAGACGUUUAGCUUGUAAAUAAUGAAAACAUCAUAUACAAUUUAAUAUUUAUUGAGAUUGACAUUGGUAUUAUUAAUAUGUGAUGAUUGACUGUUAAUAACUUAGUGUCCUGGUGAGACUUGUAUCCAAAAUGUCUGAAUUGGAAUUCCUAUUUAACAUUUUAAAUCAUUUCUUUGCUUACUGGUUCAGAUAUUGAUAAUCUUAUGCUCUUUUAUCAUAUAAAAGAAAAAAAAAUAUUUCCCGACAACAAUUUACUGGGACAGGUAAAAAUCAUCUAACAAAAACAAGAUACCUUUUAUGUUUGAAAAUAUGCUUAGAGGUUUUUAAAUUGUGGAGGUGUCAUAUUUACAGCAAGUACAAAAUCAAUUAAUUUGUGUAUUAUAUAUAUUAUGAAAAAAAAUCUUCAAGAAAUAUUUCAUUGAGCAGCAUUCUCGGAUAUCUAUAUGUCUCGGAAUUCGAUGUAAUUUUAGGAUUUUUCAGAUUUGCAUAUUUCUAAUUGAAAUACAUGAAAUAUAUCUACUGAGUGCAAUUUAACUACUCGUCGUGUUAUUAAUGUUUCCAAUGAGCAGGUUUUUGAAAUUAUAAUGGUAUUACUGUUUCUUAUUGCAUUCAUACUGUAUAAUUGUAUGUACAAUAAUGGUUUGUGAAAUAAGAUUUAUUUCUGUAUUAUUAAAUGUUUGUUCGUAAAAUUAAUUGACAUAACAUACAGACAUUCCUAUCAAAGAAUGGUAUGACAUGUCUUGUACCAAAUAUCGAAACUAUUAUGUAUCGAUUCUUAUUUUUUAAUGAAAGGAUACCCAACGAAA